AUGAGUGGGCUAUUGGCGAAUGGCGAUGGAUCUUCGGUCGGAGAAGAAAGCAUGGAAGCAAACUCGAGGCGCAUCUCGCCUCAAGACUCACCGUCAUUUCUUAGCAUUCACGGCGACAAUGCCGAGAGAGGGAAAAACCGUUGUCGCACAGACUCCUGCAAUCAAUGUGACGGGUCGGAUUCUUCGUCAAUGACUCAGUGGCACGGCACCAGUCAGUGGUAUCAGAUUAUAUCUCUCGCUGAGAAUCGCCAGGCAUACUGCCGAGAGGACAAAGCAGGAAAUGAUAAGAUGAGGGACUUUCAACCGAAGGGUGAUUGCGUGUAUCUGACGGCAUCAACGACUAUCGAAUGCUGA